AUGGCUGCUCCUGCACCAGCACCAGCUCCAGCUCAAACAAACACCCACAACAACGGUCCCAUCGACCAUAACGAUCUCGAAGAGUGGAAGAGUCGUUUCAACGAUGUCCUCGCCCGUCCCAGCGAACAUGUCAACUCCAAGUCUCCUGAGACAUCCCAGCCUUGGCAAAACAGUUUCUUCGGCUGUUUCAGCCCUAUCAGUCUCUGCGCCAUUACAUGCUGUGUUCCCUGCGUGACCUUUGGCAAGACACAUCAUCGUCUUCAAAAGAACAAAAACCUUGAAGGUUACGAGCCAGUGAACACUUCUUGUCUCCUGUUUUGGGCCUCUACCUGUGUCGGCCUACACUGGAUCCCUCUCGCCCUUCAACGCGCCAGUCUUCGUGAGAAGCAUAACCUCCAGGGCAGCUGUCUUGUUGAUCUUGCUACUGCCUGCUGCUGCGGAUGCUGUGAUCUGAUUCAGCAGGAUAAGGAGGCUGAGUAUCGCGAGGCUCAGAGCGUUGCUACUGGAGAAGGAUACAAGGCUAACGAGGGUAUGACCAUGCCUGCCUGA